CAAAAAAAUAGAAUACGAAAAUAUAUCUUUAAACGGCGCCGACGAAAGACUGAGAGUUGAAAAGAGAUCACGCCGCCGGCUGCUGUGCUUUGCGAAGGCUGCUGCCGCCGACGAAGAAUGGAGGCGGACCGAAGAAUAGACGACGACUGAGAAUGGACGGAAACGACGGAGAAUGGACGACGACUGGCUGUCCUCUGCCGAACAACGGACGGAGAAUGGAGGCGGACCGAACGACUUGCUGCUGUCCUCUGCCGACGGACCGAACAACGACCAAGCUGUCCUCUGCAAACGUCGUCGGCUAGCACUCACGAUUGGGACGGAGAAGGGAGGCGGACCGAACAAUGGACGACAGCCGGAGAAGUUGGGGAGAAGGGAGGCGGACCGAGCAGUUGGGACGACAGGCGGAGAGAGUCGGGGGAGACGGAUGGGUUUUUGAAACAGACGACAGCAAUGGGUUAGGGUUUUUGAAAAAAAAAAAAAUACGCAUGUUUUAAUUUAAUUGUAUUCUCCUUAAUACCCCUAACAACUUUUUAACUAAUAACUCCCUACUAACUACCUAAUCUAGAAUUAGCCAAUCAGAAGGCUUUAAGUUCCUUCUUAAAAAAAAGGCCUUAAGGACCUGAACUUAGGCCGUAUCUACACCAUUUAGCUUCACCUUAUUAGUUAACUUGAGGCUGUGGCCAGGGUAAUUAGCUACAUGGGUUCCUUCUUCCGAUCCUUUGGUGGGCUUGGUUAAAAUGGAUUAGCAGCCCAACUUUAUUCGGCAACUAAUUUGUUCACUUCUGGAAUCUUGAGGAUUACACCAACUACAAGAAAGGAAAGAAGAAGGAAGAAGCUACAAGAAAAUACAAGGUUUAAGAAUUU